AUGGCCUCCAAUACAAUGCAAGAAAUCCACCCAGCAUCUACUGCUGUGAACAAGGAUGAUCUAAUGAUUCCACUGAUCGACUUCGGUCCAUUCUUUACGGGAACACCUUCCGACAAGCAUGCUGUCGCCCUUUCUAUUACCGACGCUUUCAAAACAUCCGGGUUUGUCUACCUCAAAUCCCAUGGCAUUCCACCUUCCGUGGUGUCCCGGGUGUUUGCUUCAUCAGCUCGUUUCUUUGCACGACCUCAGAGACAGAAAGACGAUCUAGGUUGGACGACCCCACAAUCGAACCGUGGUUACGUCGCCAUCGGGCGGGAGAAGUUAACCACAGUCGACCAAACCAAUGGCGUGGAUGAUCUGCGUGCAUCCGCCCCGGAUAUUAAAGAGACGAUGGAACUUGGCCGUGAGGGAGUGGAAGGGCUUCCCAAUCGCUGGCCAGAUCAUUUGGAUGAUGAAGGGAAGGAUUUCAAAGAGACUAUGCAGACCUUCUUUGAAAUGUGCAAGACCCUGCAUACACAAAUUAUGCGUGCCAUUGCAUUGGGGAUGAGCCUGCCGGAACAUUUCUUCGACGAUUACGUGAAUGAGGGCGAUAAUAACCUCCGACUACUCCACUAUCCUGCCGUUAGCAAGGAGGUCUUCAACAAGAAUCCUGACCAGGUUCGUGCUGGCGAGCACAGCGACUACGGUUCAGUUACCCUCCUUUUCCAGGACAAACAUGGUGGACUGCAAGUACGAAGUCCUAAGGGGACUUUUGUGGAUGCGAUUCCUAUUGCCGAUACCAUUGUUGUGAAUGCUGGUGAUCUGCUAGCUCGGUGGUCCAAUGAUACUAUUAAGAGCACCCGUCAUCGGGUAAUUCAGCCACCCGCACCAGUCAAUGAGGAAUCUGGAGAGGACAACUCGGGGCAUUACCCUGCUCGAUACAGCGUCGCCUAUUUCUGCAACCCCAAUAGCGCCAAACUCAUUGAAGCGCUGCCAGGGACUUUCGGCGAAGAUAUUGAUGUAGCGAAGAAGUAUGCAGAUAUAACUGCAGGCGACUACUUGGUCCAACGAUUGACAGCGACUUAUUAA